UUUUGAUGAUCUGAUCAACGGAACCACCGCUGUGAAUGAAACUUUACUUCAACCGUUCAACAUGAGAUACUUUGCAUACGAAGUUUACUGCAAAAAAUGCAAGGAUUCGGGCGGAAGUUGUGGUUCCAACGAGACUGUACCCGCAGCAUUUGCCUGCUAUUGUCGUGAUCAUCCGCGUCAAAUUCAUUGCCACCAUGGAAGCGGCUCCAGUCUUUCAGUAAAGCUCACUAUAGGAAUUACUGGAGGAGCAACCAGUCUGCUAAUCACCUGCAUUAUCACACUCUAUUUCAGAAGAAAGAUCCCAUGCAUUAUUAUUAGUAAGUUCACAAAUACUGAUACAGAUAUAGAGGCUUUUAUAAGAAACAAUGGAACUUUAUCUCCCAGAAGAUACAGUUACUCAGAUGUCGUGAAAAUGACGAACUCAUUUGAGGAACAACUAGGAAAAGGUGGUUAUGGAAGCGUGUACAAAGGAAAGCUAGUAGGUGGUCAUCUUGUUGCUGUGAAAGUGCUUAAUACUACCAAAGGAGAUGGUCAAGAAUUCAUCAAUGAGAUUGCGAGUAUCAGUCGAACUUCCCACGUUAACAUCGUCACCCUUCUUGGAUUUUGUUUAGAGGAUCGGAAACGAGCUCUCGUUUAUGACUUCAUGCCUAAUGGAUCUUUAGAAAGAUUCAUUUAUAAAGAGGAUAAUACCAUGAAGGAUCGUCAGCACUUGUCAUCAGAAGAAUUGUUCGAAAUCGCAAUCGGAAUAGCCCGAGGGCUCGAAUACUUGCACCACAGCUGCAACACCCGGAUUUUGCAUUUCGACAUAAAGCCUCAUAACAUUCUCCUGGACGAAAAUUUUCGCCCGAAGAUCGCCGAUUUCGGGCUUGCGAAACUAUGCACCACGAAGGAGAGCAUCGUAUCAAUGUUGGAAGCUAGAGGCACAAUCGGUUACAUUGCUCCGGAAGUGUUUUGCCGAAGCGUGGGGGCCGUUUCGCAUAAAUCUGAUGUGUAUAGCUAUGGAAUGGUGGUUCUGGAGAUGGUUGGGGGAAGAAUGAACGUGGAUGCUGGGGUAAACCAAAGCUGCGAGAUAUAUUUUCCUCAUUGGAUCUAUGGGUAUGUUGUGCAAGACAAUAUGGAACCGCAAUUUCUAGGCCUGGAGACUAAAGAAGAAACUGAGGUUGCAAGGAAGAUGAUCUUAGUAGGAUUGUGGUGCAUACAAACGAAUCCGAUCGAUAGGCCUCCGAUGAGUAGGGUGAUCAAGAUGUUGGAAGGAAGUGUAGAAGUAUUGCAAAUUCCACCUAAACCUUACCUUUCUUCUCCUUCAAGAUCACCGGUGGAUUCUACCUUCUUAACGUUAUCCUCACACAUGCAUCCUUAGAGUAAUCUACAUACUUCUAUGUCGUGGAUCAAAAUUCUUCUUUUUAUUAAAACCUAAAUAGUUUAAUGUAUGUUCGGCUUAUGAAAUGGU